UCAAGUCGUCCUCGACCGUCGUGGUUCCCAGGCCCUCGCGAAGUCCGCCAACACCUCGUCCCCACCAUCGCUCACAUCAACCUCCGUCCCGUGGCCAACAGUCUUUCGUUCACAGCAACACAACAAACCCUCCUCUCUAUAAGCAUCAAUAUCUUUCAAAAUGGCCACUACUGAUUCCAAGCCGGCGUUGGCUGCACUCAAGACACCUCUGUCUGCCACCUAUCCAUCGGAACUUAGGUCACCAAUGAUCCAUUCGGCGGCCACACCCACCUUCAUCAAACGCGAGGACUCUCUGAAAACGCCAAUCACCCCUCCUACUGCCUACCUCGACUUUCUCAAGACCCUCUCCCCCGCCCUCAUGAGCCCUAUGCCUACUGGCACCAGUACCAAGUUCACCUUUGAGGUUCCGCGUCCAACAUCCAUGACCUCAGUAACUUCAUCUGGCUCAAGCGCUUCUCUUACUUCCACUUCUGCUCCUGUGGAGAAGGCGACUCCCUCCUCGCCCUCAUCUUCGCGGGCAAGCAGCUGCUGUAACUGUGAUCAGACCAAGCCCGAGCCUCCAAAGUCAGCACCUCUCAAGUCGGCGCCUCCCAAAGUUGAUACUGUCACUAUUCCUCCUCCAUCGCCUUUCCCCCGGCCACAGUCGGCGCGAGCACCACGCCUCUAUAUUCCCCAAUCUCCAUAUUCACCAGCAACAGUACGAUCUCCGAGUAGCGCACACUCCGUUGGCUCACCUUAUUCCGCACUAUCCCCGAAAACUUGGGACCUUGAGAAGAAGGGUGGGCGGUCACGGCGAGUCAGCGUACGUGAAGUCGUAACACGUACAGUAACUUACAGCAGCACUCCGGUCGAUGCGAAGGCGCCAAACUUCCCACAAAUCGAUCCAGCGCCCCGAGGCAAGAGGAGAAAGAUUGAGUGAAGCACUGCUGCGAUUGCAUGACUUCAGUCUCGUACUUCAUGGAGCGAAAGCGGGUUGGACAAACACGAAAUAACGGUCCGCUCAGAAACGCUCAGAAACGACCUCACCCUAUUCAAACAGCUAAUUCGACCUCCAUCGGUCGUUGUACAUACUGCGCCUCUGAUUCCUUCUUCCAUUCCUUUCUCUAUCUCGACAACCCGUUUCAAACCAUUGUUUCCCGGGGAACUGCCUCCGCCCGACAUAUCAGUAAUAUACGGGUCCCGGCGACUCGAUCGCAGCAGUAUUCAGUUCAAUACUCUCGUUACCAAUGGCGGCGAAUAUCCUCCGCUGCACUUUCGACACAUCACAUUCU